AUGAAUGCCCCGCGAGAAAUCCGCAAGCUGCAGCAAUUCUGUACUGUCUCGAAGGGAGCAGGCUAUCGAUGGGCGUGGAGCGAUACGUGUUGUAUCGAUAAGUCGAACAACGCCGAGCUUCAAGAGUCCAUCAUCUCUAUGUUUUCUUGGUAUAAGGAGUCGGCGAUCACUAUCGUUUACCUCGCAGACGUUUCCGACAUUUCGCAGUUGAAGGACAGCCAGUGGUUUAAGAGAGGCUGGACGUUGCAGGAGCUACUCGCACCUCGAUUUAUUCGGUUUUACAAGCAGGAUUGGCAGCCGCUCAUCGAUUCUGAUAACAAUCACAAAGAAGAACUUCUUACCACUCUCCACGACAUCACCCGCAUCGAUAUCGACGUUUUGAAGGCAUUCCAGCCCGGCGUUGACAGUGUCAAGAAGCGGUUGAGUUGGGUGGGUAGCAGGGCAACGAAGAAGAUCGAAGACAUGGCCUAUUGCCUCAUGGGUAUUUUCGGUAUCCAUAUGCCCGUUAUGUACGGGGAGAAACAUAACGCCUUCGUACGGCUUCAGAAGGAGAUCAUGGCAUUA